AUGGCUCCGGAGACCGGACGCGCAGGGCCGACGGUCGUCGCCUUGGAUGGCGUGCUUGUGGCGAUCGUCCAGUGCAUGGCUUCGCCGAGCGACGUACUCGCGUUUCUUCAAGCGCUCGUUGCAUCGGCGGUGGAGCUACCACCAGCGCUAUCAGCGCUGCUGGUGCUCCUGACAACACCGCAACCACAUCGCAAGCUGGCCCAUCUCUGGCCUCGGGUGCACCUUCUGUCGAUCGCCGCCGACGAGAUCCACCUCAACGGAUCGCUGGCCGACCAGCAACAAGGCCGUUGGGUUCUUCACCGACCCGUUCUGUGCUUUUAUCGCGCCGUGGGCAUUCAAGGUGCUCUCGUGUACUCGGAUCCACCAUGGCACCCAAGUGACUUUUACGAUCUGCUUGGCAUGUGCACCAACCUGCAGAAAGUGACGCUCGCGCGCAACUGGAUGGCGCUCGCUGCCAUAACGACGUCGGCGCAUCACGUCAGCGACCUAACGCUCCUCAACACCAGCUUCAACGUCGAUGGUCUUCCAUUUGAUUGGACAACGAGCUUGGGCCCGUGGCUCGAGUCGGCCCACACCAAGCGCUUGCGCCUCUCUUCAUUUGAGUCGACCGACGACCUUGGCCUCGCCCGCGCACUGGCGACGACUCGGACGCUCACGCACCUCCAUCUCGAUGACGCCGACGACGUCAUCAGUGGCAUCUUGGCCAAUCGUCUGCCUCUGCGCUACCUCACGCACUUUUGGAUUUUCGCUUGCCACUACCCGAUCCUUGGCGACAUGACGACGCUUCUGGACCCCGCUGCGAUUCAGUCCAUUCAAUUUCGGAGCCACUGCCUCGAAGAGAUGACCGGUUUUCUCAAGACACUGCCGCUGUUCACACGGCUGACCGUGGUCGACAUCUCUGGCGUCUCGCUCGGUGGCCACCACCAUGCAGCGCCGCUUCCGACCACGAAGACGCUCCGUGCGGUGACGUUCCGAGCCAUUGCGUGUUCAGCGAACACCUUGGCCACGCUCCUCGACUGGACGGCGCGGGCGGAUCACCUCGAGUACUCCAAUUGGAGCGGCUGCGCGAUGGUUGGCACCCACUGCAAGCUCGUCGGCUGCGCGCUGCGUAGCUGGAUCGCCACGGGUGCGCUUCAAACCGCAAGUUUUUGGCGUUGCAGUAUCGAUGACGACGGCGUGCGGCUACUGGCACGCGUCCUCUGCGACGUUCACCCGCGAACGCCCCUCGAGCUGGAUCUCAGCGCCAAUCCCUUUGGCCGCGACGGUCUGCAGGCGCUUCUCGACGCGCUCGCAACGAGCUCCAACAUCACCGUUCUCACGCCUCGCAUCGAGAUGCCCGACGACGACGAUGCAAGCCGUGGCGUCGCCAUCGACACCUCCAUGCCAAAGACCCUGCGGCUAACAGCACCCAAGCACUAA